AUGCCCUCAACCACUUCCUUGCCCAUGCCUGGAUCGCAAGGUGGAAAUGAUAUGGAAAACAUCAGCGGCUGGGAUCAACCACAACGACGACUAUCCAUGCUGGAUCCAUUCAGCUCCAUCAAUGCAUCGGCCUGGUUCAUGUGCUACAGGAGCUACUUUGGCAACACCACCAGUGGUAUUUAUCAGCUGGAAGUCCCGGCGGACACGGCCUUGGACAGGUACACUCACUUUGUGAUAUACACCUCAUCUUCAUUGGUGGAGCAAACAACACCAGUCUCACAUGCAAUUUAUGACUAUGCUGCGAGUGUGACCAACAUCACGUACCAGGGCAAGGAUUUGGAUUUCCACGAAUUGGGUGGACAGAUUGCCUGGGCUGAGCCUUCCUUGAUGGAAAGAGUUGAAGGCUAUCGAGUUUACCUCUCCGUUGGCUUCGAUGGAUUUGGCCGAUCUCAGGUUGGAACUGACGUUCCGGCCGGAAGCAACGAUGUCAGCCUGUCACCUGAGCAACCACGUGGGUCCUACGACUACAUCACAGUGUUCACAAGGUCCAGCCUAGCCGAGCAGACGACACCUUCCUUCUUGUCCAUUGAGGAUGAAGUCUCCUAUGCCCGCAACGUGAGCUUCAUUGAUGAUGAUCUUGAUGAAGGAGAACUAGGUGGGUAUCUCAUUUGGCGAGUGCCCGAGGACAGCAGUGAGGUGACACACUACCUCAUCUACCUGGCAGACGACGAGGACGGAGCCAACCGCAGUCUCUUGGGCAAUGUCUCUGUUGGCACCCAUGAGUUCCUGAUUCCCGCCGAUACCGCUUUGUCCAGCUACAGGUACCUGACCGUCUUUGCCCGGUCCUCUUUGGCUGAGCAAACGACCCCGAGAUCGGUGGAGAUCAUAGACACCAUAUCCAGCGUUUCAAACAUCAGGUUCAUUGACAAGGACUUGGAUUGGGAUGAAAUUGGUGGAUAUGUGACCUGGUCUCAUCCUGUGAGCCAUAGCAGAGUGGAAUACUAUGAGCUCUACCUUGCAACCGAUGACAUCGGCACGAACCGCGUGCACUGGCCCAGCGGCAGCAUUGGGGCGAACAUCUCAGAGGUGCUGUGGCCUCCGGAAACUGCCAAGGAGUCCUUCAGCCACUUUGUCGUUUACACCAAGUCCUGGUUGGCCGAGCAAACCACUCCAGUUGCUUUGCUCUUUGAGGACAAGGUCUCGCUCGUCACAGACAUCCAAUUCCCAGACAUGGAUCUUGAUUUGGAGGACUUGGGAGGAACUUUGACCUGGGUUGCACCAAAUGACACCACCCAGGUGGAAAACUAUGUGGUGUAUUUGGCCCAGGCCAAUACCUCAAGUGGUUGUUCCAACACGAGCUACCAAUGGGAGAGCGAAAGUGACCUCUUCAUGACAUCGGACUGGUGCCUCUUAUCUUAUCUGGGCAACACAACAGUUGGGGUGCACAGCCUUUUUGUGGAGCCAGACACCGGUGUUCACCCCUUUACCCACGUGGCGAUCUACACCUUGAGCUCCCUGGUGGAGCAAAGCACCCCGAUGGCCUUAAAAAUCUUUGAUGAAAAUGCAAGCGUCUCAGAUAUCAGGUUUAUCGACGAGGAUUUAGAUCCGGUCGACCUGGGUGGCUUCAUCGCAUGGACUCCGCCCGUGUCCCUGCAGCGAGUCACUUUCUACCACGUGGACCUGGCCACGGAGACCUUGGCUCCAACUUCGGCAGAGAGGUCACAGAUAGGCUUUGUGCCGGUGGGCACCAACGAGAUCUUAGCACCUGCAGAGACAGAGCCCUUGCACUUCACCCGUUUUGUGGUCUACACACAGUCCAGCCUUGUUGAGCAAACCACGCCAGUGGGUCUACACUUUGUGGACAAAUCUUCGCCCACUCAGAACUUGUCCUUCUUCGAUUACGACCUUGAUGAGGGCGAUCUCUAUGGUGACCUUCUAUGGGAAGCACCUGAUGAUGAUUAUUUUGUGUUGCAAUAUCACAUCUACAUGGCGGAGAACAGUACAGGCAGAGGAAGAUCCUCCCUCGGUGUUGUUCCAAAAGGUGUGCACAAUAUCAGCGUCUUGGCUGAAACGCCUCUUUUGAACUACACACACUUCCUCAUUUACACUGCGUCCGCUUUGGCUGAGCAGACUACACCAGUGGCAUUGCUGAUCUUCGAUGCUGUUGCGAGCGUAUCCGACCUCCAAUUCGAAGACAGAGAUUUGGACCCCUUGGAGAUUGGUGGCAACAUCUCUUGGUCUGCGCCACUGGUGGACGAACGCGUGAAGCUCUACCGGGUCUAUGUGGCCAAUUCACCAUCAGGCCUGGGACGCUUCCCCGUGGGGGACGCAUUGAAACCGGUGACGGAAAUCGCCGUGGCGCCUGAGACGCCCUUGCCCGCCGCGCCGUUCAUGGUGGUGUACACAGAGUCAGAGCUCAUAGAACAGACCACGCCAGUAUCCCUUACAAUUGUAGACCACAUCGCAUCUGUAGAGAAUAUCACUUUCCCAGACUUCGACUUAGAUCAAGGUGACCUUGGUGGCGAAGUUUCUUGGGAUGCUCCAAAGGACGACCGUUUCGUGGUGUCCUACCACAUCUAUUUCGCGAAGGUGAUCCCCAUCGACCAGAAUGGAGAGUGCAACUACGAGGUCUUUGCACCCUAUGCCGAAGCGCUGUCUCAGUUGAGGGGAGAUGACUCAGAUAAUUCCGGACAGGACUUUGAAGACACGUCUCCCGCCACCAAUGGCAGCCUGGCAUGGUGCAGGUUCAGCUAUCGCUUGGUGGAUGAUUUGAACAUCACUGUGCCUGUUGAAACGAAGUUGCAGGACUUCACUCAUUUCGUGAUCUCUACCGUUUCGUUGCUGGUGGAGCAGUCAACUCCUGCAGAGCACUUGAUUUUCGACGCCACUGCAACGGUUGGCGGACGCUUGGCAAUCACGACCUGGAUCCCUUCGAGUUCGGCGGAAACGUCACCUGGUUGGAGCCACCGGAUGCCAGCCGAGUACAGGACUACCUGCUGUACUUUUCAUGGGAUCCCCUCGGCAACAAUCGCAGCAGGGUCGGUGACAUCGUGCCAGUAG